CAGAGAAAAAAAAUGCCCGUCUCGCUCAGCCGGCUGCUUUGGCAGUUGCCGUGGUUGCCUGUGUGGUUGCGGCCAACCGCUCUCGUGCGCAAGGGAGGGUGUGACGACUGUGAAAGCGCUGCGUGUGUAUUUGUUCUUGCUGUUCUGCUUACCGCGGUGUUGUCACUGCGACAAGGCGAAACGCAUAGCGCAGCAGCGGUGCCCGAGAAAUGACGUCCUAAACUGGCCGGUUUCUUGUGUAGUGCGAAAAUGACAACCGCCGAAGAACCGAAGCUAGUCGACGCAAAAGUCGUUUUGCUUGGAGCGCUAGGGGUCGGUAAAACAAGCAUCAUUACGAGAUAUUCUCAAAAGAAGUUUAUCGGCACGACGUCGCCAACAAUAGGGGCAUCCUUCACAACCCUUAGAGUAAAUGUGGGAAAUGCCAGGGUGAGGAUUCAGCUGUGGGACACAGCAGGUCAAGAAAGAUUCAGAGCAAUGGCACCACUAUACUACAGGAAAGCCAAUGCUGCCAUUCUUGCGUACGACAUAACCUCUCCUAGCAGCUAUGAAGCCAUGAAGCAAUGGGUUAUAGAGCUGAGGAGAAACGUAGAAGAGGCCAUCGUUCUGGUCCUGGUGGGGAACAAGUGCGACCUGAUGCAACACCGUGCAGUUGACCCAGCUGUUGCGGAAAAGUACGCUCGAGAUGUUGGAGCCCAUUUUUUUGAGUGCUCAGCGCUCAGCAACGCAGGUAUUGACGAAAUGUUUCGGCAGCUGGCACUUCACAUUGUUGAAUCAGAAGAGAAGGCUGCAGCCAGCAGACAAAACCAAGUGGAUUUUAACAGCAUUCCCACUGACCCUUCACUUUAUGGAUCACUGGACACCUUUACGUUGUCAAAAACACUUCGAAUAGACCGGCUUUCAACCACUCAAGAGGAUAUCAAGCCGUCAUCAAGUUGCUUCUGCUGAAAGGCGAUUCACAGGAGACGUGUGUCUGCGUGGCACAAGCACCACACUUCCAGCUGCAAUCCUGCUGUGGAGUUACUCAGGCAUCCCACUUUCGAUGCCGUUCGUCCAAAACCUAACCAUUUCUCUGCCUCCAUAUUUUUUGUACUUAUGAACAUUAUUAAUUGCAGCAGCUGUGGUGGCAGGUACUUCCACAGUAUGCUCAAGGACCAUUUGUACUUUUUUUAUCCUAUUUGACAUUUAAUGUCAUUUGGAACAGGCACCAAACCUCACUGUAGUCCUAGUACUACAUCCCCAAGUGCAUUAUCUGCAUUACUGUUGAAUUUUGUCCGCUUAUUGUGAUGCCAGCCUUCAUUUACAGUAGCUUACGUGGCUGGAAAGAAUGACUUGGGACCAUGCUUUGGUAAAAACUCGCUGCCUCUCUCUUUUUUUAUGUCUUCAUUGUUCAUCAUCAGAAGACAUUUUUUGAUGGCUAAAAGAUGCCAAAAUUAAGGUCUUUCAGCAAAUAUUAGUAGACAGUUGCAACAAAGGGAGAAUGCUUCCUGUUGAUUCAACUAUGCAAAUGCAUGUGAAGAUGCUACAUCAACAUACCUCAAAUGUCAGAAUGACAUAGUUCAGUGACAGCCUUUGCUACGAUGCCUUAUUCAUGCAUGAUACAACCAGAAAUAUCUUUGCGUCAUAUGCAGUCAUUGUAUGGUCACAUAUUUAGCUUAAAUGCUUUCAUACCUCUGUAAACUUAUUGUGAUGCGUUUUUCUUUCUUUUUGCAUGGUUCUUUCAUUGUUUACGUAAACACAGCCAAUGGUUUACUGUUUCUGAGUGCAUAACUUCAUUCCGCCUUACAGUAGAUCCGUAUAGCAUGUCGUGCACAGCUCAAGUGACUUUCGAGAUAGAUGCAUUCAUUAUUUCAGUUAUGUACAUUUCCCCACCUUUAGAGAAUUGCAAUGCCUCGUAGAAUAUCCUGCACUUUUGUUGUUUCUAUAUUUCAAAGUGUCUGAUAUUAUUUGGUGCAGCUUAAUACUAAAAGCUUGAAAUACAAAGUACCAAUCUCUGCAGUUGGCAGGGCUAAACCGUGUUUGUUAUAUAGUAUGGUUUCAGUUCAAAAAGUAUUGAAUAGAUUUUAAAAGAAAGUCAAAAUAUUUUUAUAGAUACUCUGCCAUGCAAGUUUAGCUAUUGUUAGAGGAAUGCUGUCAUACCAGAACAGCAUAUGUAGGGAUGUAAGCUGACAAUGCUCUACCUGACAUCUCAAGUGCCAUUGUGUCAAGCCGACAAACUUUUGGCAAGUUGUUUUGAUGCCAUGGGCAUUUUAUAAUAAAGUUCAUGCAGCCACUUUUCAACUGCA